AUGACUUCGAACGAGAAACCAGUCAUCGUCAUUAUACCUGGAGCCUGGCAUGUACCAGCACACUACGCACACCUGGCACUAAAACUCAAUGCCAAUGGCUACACUGUAGAUUGCAUCGAAUCGUCCUCUACCAGCGAUGAGAAAGACUUGCCCGAGGAUUCUUGGAAGGAAGACAUCUCGAUCAUCCGUAAUGCUAUCACUUCGCACACCGAGGCUGGCAGAGAUGUAGCAGUAGUCAUGCAUUCGUUUGGCGGCAUGGCGGGCUCCGAAGCAGCAUGUGGCUUGGGCAAGAAGACAAGCGAGACAUCCGGUAGGGUCGUGAAAAUGAUCUACAUGUCUGCUUUCAUGCUCAAAGAAGGUGGACGUCGUUCCGACUUUGGACACAACGAGGACUGGCCGAAUAUUGCUCGCGUCGACGAUGAACAGAAUCCCAAGAUGCUCUUGGCGUUGGAUCCAAUGCACUACUUCUAUCAUGAUGUGCCAGAACAAAUGAGUCAGCGUGCAAUCGACAAUCUGUGCGGAAUGCCGCUCGCUCAUGUAAUGAGUUUUCCUUCCAAGGUCGCUUGGCGUGAGAUCCCAACUGCAUAUAUUAUCUGCGAAGAUGACAGGGCGUUGACCAAAAAUGGUCAGGAGCAGAUGAUCAAUGCUGUCAAGGCCGAAGGUGUAAAUGUGGAAACCACGAGUCUAAAGGCUAGCCACAGUCCUUUCCUGAGCAUGCCUGGCGAGACCGCAAAGGCAAUCCGUGGCUUCCUGGAGAAGGCAUGA